CCACGCGGCACCUCUCGGCCAGCUCCACCAGGUAGAUGAACACGUCGCUCAGCUCGUGGGCGAGCUGCUCCCGCUCCAAGUCGCUCCAGUCGGGCAGGCCCUCGCCCACCUCGCCCUUCCACUGGAAGAGCUCCGAGACUUCGCCCACCUCGCCCACCAUGGCCAGGAGCAGGUUGCGGGGCUGGUGGAACUUGUUCCAGUCGCGCUCGUCGGUGAACUCGGCCUGCAUGCGACGGAUGUCCUCCACGCUCGGCUCCGGGCUGAAGCUGGAAGGCGUGGUCGGACUGGAGAUCCACGCCCAGAUUCAAGCCCGCACAAAAAUUUUCUCCGACUCGGCCGUCCACUUCCUUUCGCCUCCCAAUUCCCUUGUGUCUUUCUUCGACGCCUCUUUGCCCGGUACAUUACCUGUCCUGAACAGACGAUGUGUAGAGGCAGCUGUAAUGACGGGAUUGGCCCUCAACUGCCGUAUCAACGCGAAGUCAUUUUUUGACAGGAAGCACUACUUCUACGCAGAUCUUCCCGCGGGCUACCAGAUCACGCAGCAACGGCGGCCCGUGGCGGUGGACGGUUUGCUGCACUACAGCGUCCUGGGCGGCAAGAAAAGGAACCAGGUGCUCCGGAAGAACAUCCGCAUCAAGCAGAUCCAGCUGGAGCAGGACAGCGGGAAGAGCCUGCACGACGACGCCCGCGGCCAGACGCUCGUCGACCUCAACAGAGCGGGUGUGGGCCUGAUGGAGCUGGUGAUGGAGCCCGACAUGACGUGCGGCGAGGAGGCGGCGGCGGCCGUCAGGGAGCUUCAGCUCAUUCUGCAGGCCCUCGGCACCUGUCAAGGAAACAUGUCGGAGGGCCAGCUAAGGGUGGACGCCAACGUGUCGGUGCACAGGCCGGGGGAGCCGCUCGGCGUCAGGACAGAAGUGAAGAACAUCAACAGCGUUCGAUACCUGGCCAGGGCUAUCGACUACGAGAUCCGGAGACAGAUAGAUGUCGUGCGGCGAGGAGGCAGCGUGCGCAACGAGACCCGCGCCUAUGACUCCAAAUCCGGGACGACUGUGGCCAUGAGGGACAAAGAGGGUCUCCAGGACUACAGGUUCAUGCCCGAGCCCAACCUUCCCCCUCUGAUAGUGUACGAAGACCCUUCCCGCAUUCCCUCGGGUGCUGACGUCCGGCAGGCGGUGGUGGUGCAGAGUUUGCGGGCCAAGCUGCCCGAGCUGCCUGGCGUGAGGAGAGACAGGCUGGUGGAGACGUACGACGUCCUGCCCGAGCACAGCUUCACCCUCUUGAACGAGGAAGGCCUAGUGGAAUACUUUGAGAGUGUGCUGAAGGCCACCAGCCGGGAGCCCAGGAAGGUGAUUGGCUGGGUGACCAACGAGCUGCUGGCCUUCCUCAAACAACAAGACUUGAACGUCAGCCAAAGCCAUGUCUCUCCUUCCUCCAUGGCCCAGCUGCUGGAGCUCCUGGAAGCAGGAAGCAUCUCCUCUUCAGUGGCCAAGCAGGUGUUCCAGGAGAUGUGGAGGUGUUCAGGUGCAAAGACAGCGUCUCAGAUCAUCCACGAGCAGGACUUGAGCCUCAUUAGUGACAUGGAGCAGGUGCACGUCAUCUGCGCCAAGGUUCUGGACUCUCAUCCGCACGAGGUGCAAGCCUUCCGAGCGGGCAACAAGAAAGUUCUGAACAAGCUGAUGGGUUCGGUUCAGAAGGAGACCAAAGGCCGGGCUGACCCGGUUGCGGUGCGGAAGAUUCUGCAGGACAAAAUUUCAGAAACUAUGAGUUGAUUGUACGACGUAAACUACUAAUAAGCAUCCCUCCAACUGCAUGUAUUGGCUAUAUGUAAAUAAUGUACUUUUUCUUUUUUAUAAUGCAUUACCUUCCUUUCACGAAACGUCACAAGAACCAAUUGAUAAUUCCUCACUGUGUAUAUUUAUAUUCACUUUGUAUCGCCACAUCAUCUUUCUACAUUGAAAUGAAUGAAAAUGUUAUCCGUUCCAGCCUCCCACACAAUUUUUUUAAUAGGGAAAAUUGUACUAUAAUAUUGUACUUUGAGAAACAGUACCAGUAUACUUAAAUAAAAUGUAAAACAAUUUUUUUGCAUUAUUUCAUGCUACGAUUCAAUUCAGUGUGCUACUCCUGGUGUGUCAACCUUGGCCACUGGGAGGCAGUAUAAUACUGUACAGUCUU